CACACCCACACACAAGGAUUACACACACACACACAACAUGCUGAAAUUGUUGCUGUCGCUGCUCUUGCUGUGCGCCUUGGCCCAGGCACGCCCUGGAUAUCUGCAUGGCCACCACCACCACUAUCCGGAGUAUCCGCUCCUGGCCGCCCAUCAUCACCACAUCGAGCCGCUGCAUGUGGCCAAGAUUGUGCAUGUGCCCGCUGCCGUAUCGCAUCAGAGCUCGACGGUGGUGCACAGCGUACCGCAUCAUAUUAUCAAGCCGGUGGUGCUGCCCACUGUGGUGAAGACUUUGGUGCAUCCACCCAUCAUAAAGACCUACCAUCCGGCGCCCAUCAUCAAGGCCUAUCCCUACGAUCCCUUCCACUUCCAUCAUCAUCACGAUUUCCAUGAUUAUCACCUGCACUAGGCAACCACCUGGGCGCUCUUUUACUCUAUAAACCACCCACCCAGCCGCUUUUACCACUCGAUCUUGCCUGCUGCCUGAAUGUGUAUGAAUGUGUGUGCAAAUUGU